CACCAACCCCGCACCGGAAUGAGGGCCUACGCGUCAUAGAGUGCAUCCCCCACCACCUAGGCACCUAGCAACUGGUACUCGGUCUUCCUACGCCGCUCACCUACGAAGCUUUACCUCUCGACCCCUUCCCCCCAGCGAGACGACCAAUUCAUUCGCCCUCGCCGGCUCGCCGGUCGCCUUCUCCCUCCCCUCGUCUCAUUCGCCUCAACCGUAAGAAAAAACCCCGCAUCGCGGGAGCCGAUCGCGCCACGGGCCGGGGGUCUAGGGCUAGGGAUAGGGCUGAAGGGGGGGGUGGUGGGGGUGGGUUCUCUGGGAAUGGACGCCUCCGAUUCAGGCGGGGCCAGCGCAGCGCCGGACGCCGGCGAGCCAGAUUGGGACUGGAACCACAUCCUCGAAUUCGCCGUCCGGGGAGACGACUCCCUAAUCCUCCCGUGGGAUGACACCCUCGGCACCGCCGAGGCUGGUCCCGCCGAAGGGGCGUUUCUCCCUGCCCCGUCUCCGGCUCUGCCAGUGGAGGCGGAGCCGGUGGCGCCGCCGCCACCUGUUGAGGCUGGAGGAAGCAGGUCCGGCGUGAGGAAGCGGGACCCGCGGCUGGUGUGCCCGAACUACCUCGCCGGGAUUGUGCCGUGCGCGUGCCCCGAGUUGGACGAGAUGGCGGCUGCUGCGGAGGCCGAGGAAGUUGCCUCGGAGAUGCUGGCUGGCCCGAGGAAGAAGUCGAGGCCUGCCAGCCGGGGCAACGGAGUGGCAGCCGGAGGUGGUGGUGGUGGUAGUGGAGUAGCUGGCCGUGGGGGAGCAGUAGAAAUGAAGUGCCAAGUCCCAGGUUGCGAGGCAGAUAUUCGGGAGCUGAAAGGGUACCACAAGCGGCACCGGGUGUGUUUGCGUUGCGCGCACGCUACGGCUGUCAUGCUCGAUGGCGUCCAGCAGCGCUACUGCCAGCAGUGCGGCAAGUUCCAUGUUUUACUUGAUUUUGAUGAAGACAAAAGGAGUUGUAGAAGAAAGCUGGAGCGGCACAACAAAAGAAGACGAAGAAAACCUGAUUCAAAAGGAGCAUUUGAGAAAGAGGUAGAUGAACAAUUGGAUUUGUCAGCAGAUGGUAGCGGUGGCUGUGAACUAAGAGAAGAGAAUACAGAUGGAACUACCUGCGAGAUGGUUGAGACUGUCCUUAGUAAUAAGGUUUUGGACAGAGAAACACCUGUGGGGUCUGAAGAUGUGCUAAGUGCUCCAACCUGUACACAGCCCAGCUUGCAAAAUGAACAAAGUAAAAGCGUAGUGACUUUUGCAGCUUCUGUUGAAGGCUGCCUUGGUACAGAACAGGAAAAUGCCAAUAUUACCAAUUCUUCGAUGCAUGACACCAAGAGUGUUUAUUCAUCCUCGUGUCCCACAGGACGCAUUUCAUUCAAGUUGUAUGACUGGAAUCCCGCAGAAUUUCCUCGACGUCUACGUAACCAAAUAUUUGAGUGGCUGUCUAGUAUGCCGGUAGAAUUGGAGGGCUACAUUCGUCCUGGAUGUACAAUUUUAACUGUGUUUAUUGCAAUGCCACAACAUAUGUGGGACCAGUUAUCAGAGGAUGCAGCAAAUCUUGUCAGAGACUUGGUAAAUGCUCCGAGUAGUCUUCUGUUGGGUAAAGGGGCUUUCUUCGUGCAUGUCAAUAACAUGAUAUUUCAAGUAUUGAAAGAUGGGGCCACAUUGAUGAGUACCAGAUUGGAGGUACAAGCCCCCAGGAUCCAUUAUGUUCAUCCAACAUGGUUUGAAGCAGGAAAGCCUGUUGAGCUCCUCCUCUGUGGAAGUUCCCUUGACCAUCCCAAAUUCAGAUCACUUUUGUCAUUUGAUGGGGAGUACUUGAAGCAUGAUUGUUGCCGUUUAACGUCUCACGAGACCAUUGCUUGCGUAAAAAAUGCCGCUGCACUUGAUUCUCAACAUGAAAUUUUCCGGAUAAACAUCACUCAAACAAAGGCGGAUACUCAUGGACCUGGGUUUGUGGAAGUGGAAAACAUGAUUGGGCUAUCAAAUUUUGUCCCUGUCCUUUUCGGUAGCAAACAGUUGUGUUCUGAACUAGAGAGGAUACAAGAUGCUCUAUGCGGUUCUAAUGAAAAGUACAAGAGUGUAUUUGGAGAGGUUCCUGGUGCCACUUCUGACCUGUGCGGGCGUCUGGAACUUAAACAAACUGCAAUGUCGGGAUUCCUAAUAGAGAUUGGAUGGCUAAUUAGGAAGUCUUCUCCAGAUGAACUAAAAAAUUUACUGAGUUCAGCAAAUAUCAAGAGAUGGACAUCUGUGUUGAAGUUCUUGAUACAGAACGAUUUUAUCAAUGUUCUGGAAAUAAUUGUCAAGUCUUCAGACAACAUCAUAGGCUCUGAGAUUCUUUCUAACUUGGAAAGAGGGAGGUUAGAACAUCAUGUCACGACAUUUCUUGGAUAUGUACGGCAUGCUCGAAACAUUGUUGAAGACAGAGCUAAAUAUGACAAGCAAACACAGCUUGAAACAAGGUGGUGUGGUGAUAGUGCUUCAAACCAGCCAAACUUGGGCACUUCUGUCCCAUUCGCUAAAGAAAAUACUGGUGAUGGCAGUGAAUAUGAUUUGCACCCAACCAAUGUUGAGUGUAAAGAGGAAGAAAGGAUGCUACUUGUGAGUCCUAAAGCUGUCUCACACAGGCAAUGCUGCAGCCCGGAGAUGAAUGCUAGAUGGCUUAAUCCCACCUUGGGUGCACCUUUUCCAGGUGGUGCCAUGAGAACGCGACUUGUCAAGACUGUGGUAGUGGCUGCUGUAUUGUGCUUCGCUGCUUGUGUUGUCGUUUUCCACCCAGAUAGAGUAGGGGUGCUUGCAGCGCCAGUAAAGAGGUUCUUAUUUAGCGACUCCCCAUCUAGUUGAACUUAAGGAUAGAUUAAUUUUGUUUCUAUUGCUUUCCUCUGUACCAUAUCUGCACAAUUUGGUUGAGGGUGUGCACCUAUGAUCGAAUACCUGUUCCACCAAGUGGGCAAUGUAAACUUGUAUCCUUUUGUUAGAAACUAGCGUACAUGUUCAUUCCUGAAUAAAUGGAGCGGCAAAGAUUGGGCUUCAAUUUUUU